AUAGUCAUAAUAGCGUCUGUCUUUAUAUUUUAAGAGAUUUUUAAACUAAAGGGUUAAUAGAGAUAAAUCUUAAAGAUGAUCGGUUCCGCAGGGAAAUCCAAGCAAAAGAAGUUUAUAAACGACGGUGUUUUCAACGCCGAAUUGAAUGAGUUUCUCGCACGUACCCUAGCCGAGGAUGGUUACUCCGGUGUAGAGCUCAGAAUUACUCCAGUUCGCACAGAAAUCAUCAUCAGAGCCACCAGAACCCGUGAGGUUCUUGGAGAGAAGGCACGCAGGAUCAGAGAACUCACCUCCCUCGUCCAGAAGCGUUUCGGAUUCUCAUCCGACAGUGUAGAGCUGUAUGCUGAGAGAGUAGAGAAUAGAGGUCUCUGCGCCAUGGCUCAGGCUGAGUCCCUCCGUUACAAAUUGCUCAAGGGUUUGGCCGUCAGAAGAGCUGCUUAUGGUGUCUUGCGUCACAUUAUGGAGUCCGGCGCCAAGGGUUGCGAAGUUAUCGUCUCUGGAAAGCUCCGCGCACAGCGUGCCAAGAGCAUGAAAUUUAAGGAUGGAUACAUCAUUUCCACUGGACAGCCUGCACAGGCCUAUGUUAGCACUGCAGUAAGGUCUGUACAACUCAGACAGGGUGUACUUGGUAUCAAGGUCAAGAUUAUGCAUCCACAUGACCCAGAUGGCAGAAUUGGACCAACCAUGAUACUCCCAGACAAUAUUACUGUUUUGGAACCAAAGGCAGCAUAAGUGCAUACGCACCGCAAGUUUUGUGUAAACUCUUUGGACGCUAAAUAGUCACU